CUUUACAGAAACAGUUGUGAAGAUGUGUCGCUCUUCAUUAGAAACGAACAUGAUGUGUUGUGCAAAUUAGUGAAGAUUGCUCCGAGGGAGCAGGAGGAUUACCGUGAGAAGUGACGAUGGCAGCCAUGAAAUCCCAGGAGCCACAGUCCAGCCCAUUAAAAUCACCCUUACAGCAUGAUGGCCGUCCUAUUGCACAGACAAAGGCUAUUCAAUUUCGUACCAUUGCACCUAAAGCUCCAACAUUGGGUUCAUCCUCUGCAGUGAUAUCCAGCCAACCACCCUCCACCCUUCCAGAGGCUUCUACAGCAGUCAGUCCCAAAUCCAUUUUAGUACCUGCUCAAAACUAUGCACUCAUGCAGGUAGCUGGACAGGAGGGCACUUUCUCCUUGGUGGCCUUGCCUCAGACAUCACCACAAAGUCAAAUCCAAAAGAACUUAAAAUUGCCUAUUCCCAGGUAUCAGUCGAUCAGAAGUCAGAGGGCUUCAGAGAAAACUAGUAGUAAGAUGCAGACCUCAGCCAAGAUGGCCAAGCACCCACAGGCAAAGUCUGCAGUAAAAACAGCCUUGGGUGUUUCCAGUUCACCUGAGACCCUGGAAUCAUCAUCUGAACAGAUUGUUGGGACGGGCUCUGCUGCUUCAUCGGAAAUCUUGCUGCCAGACAAUGCUGUCCUUUGCACAGGGUCACAGACAGAGCAAGCUGUUAAAAAAAGCAUAGAUUCUCUGAACAACUUCAGCUACUCCACCAGAGCCUCUGCCACUGCACUUGUUGCUCCUGUCAGUAACAGCAAAACCAUAAAAACCCAGACAGAUGGUGCCUCCACAGGAAGUGCUAUUACUGUCCUCUCCCCCACCAUCUUCAGCAAAGCUGUUCAGAUCAUACCCUCUCCCCCCAAAGGCAAACUCCCCAUUCUGCCAUACGCCAAGGUGAAGAAUUCCCUCUUACAAUCAUCAGGUCUUGCCAGCACCCAUUCCCCAGUGAAGGUCUCAUCGUUUCAGUCCCAAAAUGGCCCAAAAAUUUAUCCGGGCACCAAAGGCAAGGUUGCAGACAAGAGAACCAGGAGUGCAAAUACCAUCCACUGCAAGAAACCCACAGGCAAGAAGAGAGGGAGGAAAAGAAAAAGCAUGGAGGACGUUAUGUCUUUUGAGGCCAAAAAGAAAAGAUCAUUGUCAUUUUUCUCCAGGAGAAUACCAGAAAAACCACCAUCUAGUACCCAGUCUUGUUUGCCAGAAGACAAGGUUGUGGAUAUUUCAAAAAAGUAUCGCAGCAUUCGCCCAAAGCCUAUUCUAGUAAUGAAAACCACUGUUCCCCAACUUGUACCUCUAGCUUCUCUCUCAAGCUGUAAAAACCCUGACCAGAAACUUGUCAUGGGCCAGGGGAUUUCAGGAAAAACACUGACUGUCCAGCCAAGCUUAAUGUCCCUACCGACUCCAAGGGAGCAAUCUAUGCCUGAAACUGGAAGGUUUGCAUAUGUGGGUAGCCAUGCCCUCCACCGAUGUACAACCUGCAGUAGGUGUUUUCAGUUCAAGCAUCACUUACAGAGUCAUAUGAACAGUAACCUGAGACCUUAUGGGUGUCCGGUGUGUAGGAAAUCCUAUGCUCACUCGGGUAGUCUAAGCACACACAUGAAGCUUCACCAUUCAGAGGGGAGGCCUAGGAAGAGCCUCCGCUGUGAGUUUUGUGAGAAAGUGUUUGGGUAUGUCGGGGUGUACUUCAGUCAUCUCCGAGAAGUGCACAGGGUCAUCCUUACCGUGGAGCCAUCCAUCCGUCAACAUGAGGAGAAUACACCUGAAGAAGGGUUCAUGGAUUCUGAGGACCAAGCUUCAGAGCAGCCUGUGGAUCCUGUAGAGUUGCAAAUAAAAUGUGGCCGCUGCCAGGCAAUAACACCCACCUUUGCUGACAUGAAGCUACACUUGUUGUAUGUGCAUGGUGAAGAUGUCCAAGUCCGUCUAAAAGAGGGGGCCAUGCACGAGGGACGUAAAGCUGAGAAUGAGCUGGUUAAACACGCGGCUCACUAUUGGAGGCAACUCAACGAGAGGCGCAACUUGGUACACUGCGGAAGUUGUGAUGAGGAGUUUUUCUCGUUCUCCAAGCUCGAGUGCCACCUGCACUCACACCACCAAGGGGUUAUAGAGAGCCAAGAGGAAGAAAGAGAACUGAAGAAAGAAGUUAAAGAUGAGUACAUCUCUGAGGGCCCUGUCAAAAGGUUGACACUUAGAGCAGGGUCACACUUUAAUUGCAUCCUGUGCAGUGAGGUUUUGAGCAGCAAGCAGGACGUAUUGGAGCACUGGCGGGGAGUUCACAAGUGUGAAAACCCAGUCACGCUAUGGGACGUUCUUGGUUCAAAGUGAGGGAACAAAUCUGCUUUCAUUCUAAAGUAGCACCAUAAGGAGUAGUAUGUAAGGACGAUGUUCAUCAGUUUUUGUCAUAUUGUAUUGCACUGUUCUGUUUUAAUAUUGAAAAAACAAUUUGACUGCUUUAAUUGAAAAUAUUUGCUUUUUAUAUAACUUGUGAAGCUAUUUUGUGUUGUUGGUUCUUUGUAAUGGACACGGUUCUUAGAGGGCAACACACUGUCUUAAAUUCAUGUGUGAAUAUAAUGCACAUACAGUGAGGUGGUUAAGUCUGAGACUACUAGAAAAAUGCUUUUUUGACAUUUUGUUUAUUGAACAAAGGCAAUUAUAUUUUCUUCAAUAAUGAAAAAUCAAAACUUUUGCUUUAACGGCAACGUGCACUUAAGCAGAGACAUUAUCCACGUUUGUCAAAGUUUGAUGGUGCCGUUUAGAUAAGAUUUAACAACAAAUUGUCUGAACAUAUGCUUUAAAGAAAUCAAUAAGAUUCAUGCAAAAUCUAAUAUUUUAUUUAAAUAAAAAAAUAAGUUAACGUGGUCUGUAUCUCAAAUUUUCUUUCGUUUAUGUAGUUCUCAAAAAAUUAUUUAAACAUUUGAAUAGUUGGAGUUGCACAUUUAUGUUUUGGAUUUUUUUAAACUCUAACUUUGUAUCUUUCGUUUGAAAAAGACUCAGACUUAUGGACUUCACUGUAUAUACAAGUAUCACUAUUAAUAUUAACAUAAGCACAUGAGUUAAAAUUAAUGUUUGUAUGAUGCAGGGGUGCUAUACCUUUGAAAUAUAUUGAAGACUGACCUGAUUGGCUGAUAUGUAAAAAUGCUUUGGUACCAGGAAAGCUCCAUUGAGGCCAUGUUCACAUAAGCCACUUUGUUCAAUUCAGAUUUUGGUUACAUUGAAUUUCCAUUUCACGAUGGUUCACAUUCAUAAUUAUGAGGGACUUUUAUCUGACUCUUAUAUCGACAUUUAUGUCCUUUGAAAUGGCAACAUGUGCACAUAGAUACGUGUUCGCUCACGUUAUCUAGAAUAAAAACGCAUCAUAUUUGCA